UUUUCUUUUUCCUUCUCUACCAGUUGUUUGGCGGCCAAGCAUCCGCUGGUGCGGCACGCACUUUAGCCAAUUAUGGAAGCCUGGCUGUGUCGGCAGCAAAUAUCGUGCAACUCGAAACGGCGCCGCAAACGCCUCAGGGGAAACUUCUCGUAUCCUUUCCGAUGCCACUCUCCUGAGGCAGCUGCCGGGCCGGGAAGCAGGGGAAUUGUGCAGACUCCUUUGACUCCUGCAGUCAAAGACGGACGGCAAAGACUGACGGCACAGUCACAACGGCAAUCUGACGUGCGGCGACCGCGGGCUGUUUGCGCCGUCGACGUAAUCCCCUUUGAUCCCUUUUUGGAGGGGCCACGCGAAAUUGGCAGGCGAAUAAUAGCACAAAAGCACCUGUGCCGACAAAGCCGGUUCUCCGUCUUACGCCCUAUGUUGCCUGGCCGUCGGCGCCCAGCGCUACCAUCGGCGCCCACAGCGCUCAAUGUCGCAUACGCUUUCAUAACAUUAGCGAGCCACAAUCCCGCUUAUUCUCCGGCUGGUGCAAAGCCCCUCUGCCAAUGGUGCAGCACCACGCAGUCGCUCUAUCGUAUCCGCGGCUAUGAAAUGCCCGAGGUGGGUUCGCCCCCUCUGGACCCUGGACCAGCGCUGCAAAGUGCUCGAAAGAAGGAAUUCGAAAUCACGGAAAGAGGUCACACACGGACAUCGCCUUCCUUGGCAGGAUGAAACCGCCACAGCCAUCUUGCCAUCAUCACCCAAUAGUCAGAGGAGAAAAAUAGCAAGAACAAAAGCCCUCUUUGCUGGAUACGCUCAAAGAACCGACAAACACGAGGAACCUGAAACGUGCAGAAGUCACUGGCCGCCGUGAUGGUGGGUGGCAUAGCAAAUCGGGAUGGCAGACCCAAUGAUGCGAUCGUCCGGGCCGGCGAGUCGCUGACAGCUAGUCGUGGCGCCCAACCAUGUGCUGUUUGCGGUGACAAGAAGUGGAGAAGCCUUGAAAAUAGCCCGGGAUCUGGAAAGGAGCACCAUUACAGUAUGUUAAAGGAGCUUCUUGGGAAGGUAGGCACACAGGCACCCCCAUGACAAAAUUAUUGGCACCGCAAAAAAAGGUAGGGUGGAGGGACGCGAAGGUUCGAGGGUCGAU